CUCGAGCUGCUCUCCUCUUCCAAACUGCGCCAUUCUGUCAACAUGGCGGGUACCGUGGCGAAGAAGUGUCUCAGUCCUCUGGCUUUCCUCACCAGGAGGCUCUCUGCUCCAGAGUUCAUCACUCAGUGCUGCUACCACAAGAAGGUGGUGGAUCAUUAUGAGAACCCCAGAAAUGUGGGCUCACUGGACAAGAACUCCAAGAAAGUUGGGACUGGCUUGGUGGGCGCUCCAGCUUGUGGAGAUGUGAUGAAGCUUCAGAUUGAAGUGGAUGACGAGGGGAAGAUCGUGGAUGCCAGGUUCAAAACUUUUGGCUGCGGCUCUGCCAUCGCCUCCAGCUCUCUGGCCACUGAGUGGGUGAAAGGCAAAUCUGUGGAUGAAGCUCUGAUGAUAAAGAACACUGACAUUGCCAAAGAGCUCAGUCUUCCACCUGUUAAACUUCACUGCUCCAUGCUUGCAGAAGAUGCCAUCAAGGCAGCCCUUGCUGACUAUCGUCUCAAGCAGCAUGACGACCAGCAGGAGGCAGCCAGGGCCAGCAUCUAAACGGAGCACUUUCACUUUGAGCUGGACAACAUUUGCUGCCGAGAAGAGAAGUCGCAAUAGUCCAGUAUCACCACCUCACUUUUCCUGCAGUAAUGAGUAAAAGAUGUCGUUAACCAUCAAGUACACCGUGGUCAACCCUCUGUAGCAGUGUUACACCAGGCUUUCUGUGUUAGUCUGUGACCCUCUAACUCUGUAUACUGUAUCUUUUAGCCUGUCACGUAAACGCACAAUACAAGCACUGUUUGGGUUGUUGGUACAAAGUUGAGCCUUAUUGUUAAGAUUGAUUAUAUUUGAGAAUUUUUUAAGAUUUUGUGAUGGCUAGUGUUUGUUCUGAAAGGUGUGAUGAAGGGAUUAAUUAAAGCUAAAAGCGAUUUAAAGCUGUAGUGCGGGACUUUUACACACACAAGAGCGUCUCUUACAUUCGAGCCCUCGCCAAACACAGCGCUGAUCAGAUGAGCAUCAGGUGAAUCUCUCUGCAGCAAGUUUUAAAUUUGAUCUCUGUGGUGAUAUUUCUGCUCAGUUUUGGUAUAUUUUACAUCAACCAGCAAUUACCAGAGCUGAAGCUGGGACCAACUGUAGUGACGACGAAGGCCACAGGGGAGGAAGCAUCCAAGAAAAAAAAUCUGAUGCUCCAUUUGAAAAACAAACGAAUUACGGUCUGGGGAAAAAAAAAAAAAAGGUUAGCAUUGAAGACAAACACUUCAUCCACAGUGUUUGUGUAAUUACUUUCACUGCCAGUAGGGGGAGACAAAAGUUCCACACUGCAGUUUCAUUUAUCCUGCCUGCACCCUAAGCACUCACUUGUUGAUAUGCAAAGUGACUUGAAACAAAACAACAGUCCAUUAGUUUUCAGCGUAAUUUAUAUUUACAAAUGCUUCCUUGAAAGUCUGCAAUAAAAGUAUUCUGAAUCAU